UUAAAGAAUUGAUAUAUAUGUUGGACUUUUUAUUUUCUUUAUAGCUUUGAUUAGUUUGUCGUUUGGAGGAGCAAUUGGGCUGAUGUUUUUGAUGCUUGGAUGUGCCCUUCCAAUAUACAACCAAUACUGGCCCCUCUUUGUUCUGUUUUUUUACAUCCUUUCACCUAUUCCAUACUGCAUAGCAAGAAGAUUGGUGGAUGAUACAGAUGCUAUGAGUAAUGCUUGUAAGGAACUUGCCAUAUUUCUUACAACAGGCAUUGUUGUCUCAGCUUUUGGACUCCCUAUUGUAUUUGCUCGAGCACAUUUGAUUGAGUGGGGAGCUUGUGCACUUGUUCUUACAGGAAACACAGUCAUCUUUGCAACUAUACUAGGCUUCUUCUUGGUCUUUGGAAGCAAUGAUGACUUCAGCUGGCAGCAGUGGUGAAAAGGAGUUGCUGAACUAUUGUCACAUGGACUUCUUGUCAUCUGUUGGCCAUCCAUGCACACAGGAGAUGGGGCUGUAAUGCUGAAUGGUGUAGCAAGCCUCCUGGGGGUAUUCUAGGUGCUCCCUACUCACUUUUAUUGUAUGCAUACUGUUCACAGAGACUUGCUAAAGGAUUAAAAGGAUUUUCUCUUUUGAAAAAGCUUGACUGAUUUCACACUUAUCUAUAGUAUGCUUUUUGUGGUGUCCUACUGAAUCUAAGUAUUUGUUUUGCCUGUUUAGCUUUUUUAUCAAUAUGCCAUGUUAAUUUUUUUUAAAUGUAAUAGCCAUUUGCAUUGUUUUAGGAAUUCAGAAUUCUGCUGGCUUCAUUACUGGGCUAAAGUACAUAUUUCCUCUUAAAAUUGGUUAACCUCCAUUAUUAUAAAAAUUAUAAAAAUAAGUUUUAAAUCAGUCAGAAUGACCUUGCUUCCAAUUUUAUGCAGACUUGCAGACCAUUAGCAUACCUUGUAGAUUAUCUACUCAGUGCAAAUAUAGCUGCGUUUACCUCAGAGGGGCCAAAUAUGAAUGCCCAUACCGUCCAUAAGGGUUGCUGGUUUUACUAGAAGACAGGUGGUUUGUGAAUUGAAAAUUGUUUUAUGGAAUUGCUACAAAGGUGUUCUUUUCUUCUCAAUUGAUGGAGGAAUUUAUGUUAAACUUUAAGGUAAGGGUAUAAAAAGAUUUUUGAGAUAUGUUUUUUUAUUUAUGUUUAUUGUAGUCAAAGUAGAAUGAGUUGCAGUGUGGGAAGAAACACAAUGAAAUUCCAUUGCUUAAGUGCGUUUCUAUUUAUGUGAAAGUUGUGAUCUCUCGGCUUUUCAUGUUUUACCAUGGGUAAAAUGGACAUACGUGGAAUUAUUACUGAUGAGGGAAAGUUGUAUGUUUGCAUCAUAAAUACCAGAAAAUCCUCCUCUGCUUCCUUCUUUUAACUUAUUUUGUAUGUUGUAUGUAUUAAAAGAACCUUUCAAACACUUAGAAAUGUUUACUUACCUGGAAAAUAAUUACUAUGCUAUUACAUUAAGAGUGUCCCUUCCCCUGCAAGGCUGUGACAUGAUUAACAAAUGAUUUUGUUAGUCUUGCAGAUAAUGUGCAUUAACAAUUUAAGAUUUAGCCGUGGUAAGGGUAGUUCUUAUUCUAAGAUUACAUCAUAUGUAAUUUAAAAAUACUUAAGACAAGUUUCCUGUGUAUCUCGCAAAUGUUUGGGUUUUGAUUUUAUCACAAUAGAUCUGCUUUUUCUUAUAAAAGAUAUUUAUCGUAUGAAAUAAUGCAGAUUAGCCAAAUCCAGCCGUAUAGCAGUUUUAGACACAGACCUGACCAAAAAAUUCCCAGUAACCAAGCAUGAUUAAAUUGUAGCAUCUCAUGAUUAUUAGUACCUUUUUCAGGAACUCAUUAGGAAAUUGUUAAAGUUGAUCUGACAGUAUUUUGUUAAGGAUAUUUGUAUGUUCAGUAUACUUAUAUAAAAAUUAUUUUGCCUUCAUUCAAAACUAAUCAUGACAGCUUUUUGUUGUUCUGUAGUUUCUUUGUGGAGAAAAUGGGAACAAAUUUUAGCUUUUUUCUGAAGAUGCCUAAAGCUACAGGGUUUUUUUGCCUAACCCAAGUUUUGUUACUCUAGGCUGUGAAAUGGGAAGCAGAAUGAAAUAUCUGCAUGCAACUAUGCUAUUUACACAUGGGCUGAAAAUAGCUUGUUGUGUAAUUAUGCUCUAGACUUAAAGAGGAAGGUACAAGUAUACAUACUAGACAGCUGGAGAUAUAGCAGGAACUCUUUAUGCCUAUGAUCUACUGGCUUCUUUUUUGUUGUUUUUUCUUCAGGAAGUGAGUGCAUUCUUUGGUCCUCCAUUUUUGGUUUCUCUAGAAUAUCAGUGCAAUGCACUGCUACUGUUUUAUUCCCUUGGCCAUAGACUCCUUCUGACAGCUGUGUAUUCUUUCAGUAUACUAAUUGCAUUGACAGCAUUGUGUCUUUGACCUUGCACAUAAGCUUACAGUGCUGUCUCUGGUUUCUAGGCUAGAUACUUGAGGUAUGAUUUUUCCAUAGAAUAUGCACUGACACAACCUUGCCAUUCUUCUAUGGAAAGAAAACUUGGAUGAUGAAACAAUAAAGAUUUUAAAUAUC